CAACAAUAUGUAUCGCGGGGAGUUGCCUGGAUUCUACUGGGAUGAAAACAAGGCUAAAUACUUUCGAGUGCAAGAAAACCAUUAUGCUGGGGCUUCUUCAAAGUCAGCAUACACGAAAGCUAAAGUAGAGGAACUAGAGAAAGAAAACAAAAAACGCAAACGCCAGGAAACUUUGCAGAAGCAACGAAAGCGGCAUCUUGUGCAACGUGCGUCUCCUUUGGUGACGCCUCGAGCCAGCUAUAUAGGCUUGCACGCAGAAGCUGGCCAACGAGCGAGCAUCUCUCGCAUCCUCCAGGACGGUGCAGAGGCAUUUGCUCGGUCUCUGGACUCAAAAGUACUGCUUGACCUUGAAGAUCCAGGCUCCGCUAGGAACCUAUACGUAGAUUACAGAUCCGAUUUUCAUAUCUCCCACUUUGACUAUGACCCGGCUACACGAGGGAUGGUGCUGGGCAUGAGCCCAAACAACGAUUUCAACUACGAUUCCGUAGUUUCUGUACUCCCAGAAUGCUUUCCAGCGACAAAAUCGAAUGACGACGUAGAAUAUGGUCCUGAGAACCCUGUAUACACGUGGUCUGCGGUUCGCCCCGUUUCGGUCUUUCAGUCCCCCCUCUCGAGCAUAAACAUCAAUCCCAAGACUCGCACAUUUGUUACAGCCAGUACAGGCGACCGCCAACCACCCACUGUUCAGAUAAGCCAGCUUGUUUCGCCUGAGUCUGCUGCGCCCAGCCAGCCCCUUGAUAGCGGUAUUUCCUCUCUCUUCCGGCCGCCGAAUCUAACCACCAUAUUUUGCACCGCAAUCAACCCUUGGCUAAGCCCCGACAAAGAGGAGCACAUAGCCGUCGGCUCUGGCGGCGGAAGUGGUGUGAAUUUCUUUGGCGCGUGGGUCGAUUCCGGGAUGAGGAGCCAAAAUUGGCGACCACUGCCUGCUAUGAAAACCUACUCCGACGUCCUAGCCUUAGAUUGGCUUGGUCCGAAUCUCCUCGCUGCGGGGCUAAGAGAUGCAAGUGUAAUGCUGUAUGAUAUUCGUGCACAGCAGGGCAUCAAGCGCAUGAGGCACCACGGAGGGGUGGUAGGUCUCAAACGCGCAGACGUUGAUGAACGUUUCGUGGUGGCUGGCAUGGAGUCUAUGAUGGCUCUGUAUGACUUACGUGCCCUUCGAACCAUUGACGCAGGGAAUUUGACUGGCUGGUCAAGCGCCGACAAAAGGACUGCUAAAGCAAAGACUAGAUCACUUGGCUUCUAUAGGAAGCAGCUGUCUAUUAUGGAGACGGAGGCCAUGCGGAUCGCCAGACCUAUUUGCAUGUUCGAGUAUCAGAACGAUUAUGAUAUGUUGGGUAUGGAUGUCAGCUCGGACUUAGGUAUUGUAGCUGCGGCUGAAGAGGGAGGUUUUUUGAGAUUAAGCAACUUGAGAAAUGCAGCAACGAUCAAGAGGUGGAAGGUUAGCCGCAAACAGGACGAGAAGAUACGAUGUGUAAGGUUUGUGGAAGACGAGAGAGGCGUGCCAAAGGUGGUGGUAAGCUGUGGUGCGCGGAUCGCAGAAUUUUCUUGGUAAUGCAAAAGUCAAGACAAGGAUCAUGAUUACGACGCUGCUGAUAACGAUGGAAGAAAGAAGGAUGCAAUGAAACUGAAAUAAGGUGCAGGUUGUCAGUCCAAGGUUAGGACUUGCACGAGUGCUAUUGCAGAGCGUCUAAGGACGCUUUGAGCUUGAGAAGCUCGAGCCUGUAGAAAGUAUACAAGCUCCUUGUGCAUCGAAAGGCCAAGCAUGUUCAAUGGCUUUAAUGAAGCCAUUUUCAAGACACAUAUUGACUGCAGUAAACCAGCCACUGGCGGAUCUUUCCGUUGGGCAUCAAGCCAAACGAUAAAAAGCAGCAAAAGCCAACAGGUCGUAGAACCGAAUAUC